AAUACCAACGUCCUGUCAAGAAGCGAGAGCUUCAGAGGCUUGCUCAUAGUUAGUUCGUCCUCUCUCUGGACCCCUGCGGGCCGUAGGCUAGGCCACCCGCCCAGUGCGACUGCGCACCAUUGCCUACCUACCAGGCGCCCUCUUCUCCUUGGAACAAAACCACUCCAAUUGUCUAGAUAUUGCCCCUAUUUGUAAAAUGUACCGCCCAGCCCCAUUGACAAGUUACCUCACUACAACUAAACUCUAUAACCCCCCUCUCUCUCCCCUCCCUCAGCCGCCUCUUUCCCGCGAUGCAGCGUGUCGGACCCCAAGCUCUCCAGCUGCCUCAAGUCCGCCGUCCAGGUCGUCAUCCCCGAGCUCGUCAAGGGCGUGCCCAGCCUGGGCGUCCUGUCCAUCGACCCCAUGGAGAUCCUGGCGGCUGACAUCAGCGGCGCGCCCAAGGGCUCCGUGGCCAUCUCGCUCAACUUCAAGAAGCUGCGCAUCCGCGGGCUGGGCUCGGCCGAGGUCAUGAGCAUCAGCUACGACCCCAAGGCACACCGCAUCUCGAUGCGCGCCAAGGUGGCCGCCCCCCUGAGGCUGGACGGAGGCUACACCAUCGACGGGCGCGUCCUGGUGCUCCCCAUCACCGGCUCUGGCCAGUGCAGCCUGCAACUGGACGACGUGACGGCCGACCUCACCCUGGCGGCGCACGAGAUCACGAAGAACGGGCAGAAGCACCUCGCCGUCGACAAGCUUUCCCUCAGCUUCGACACCUCCAAGCUGCACAUGAGAUUCGACAACCUGUUCAACGGCAACAAGGAACUCGGAGACACCAUGAACACUUUCCUGAACCAGAACUGGCCCGACAUCCUCCGCGAGCUGAAGCCCUCCAUCGACGACACGUUCGGGGCCGCGUUCCAGGCGCUCGCCAGCCGCAUCUUCGCCAAGGUGCCCUACAACAACAUCUUCCUGCCGUGAGCCACGUUCGACGACGGGACCGCCGUGAUCGUCUCGGCUUGUGAAGAGGCCACAAAACUGCCUUUGAAGUCACCCUGCUACCCCUUUUUCCUUAAGGGUGGCACCGCUCCGGAAAACGAAGUGGAUCGCAGCCGUCGCAGUCCUAUCGAAUGUUCAAACGCUUGAUAUGAGCCCAGUGUUUAAUGUUUAGUGCUUCUAGUUGACAGAUCCAAACGUCUUUAAAAUAAGUGUAAUAAAUAAAGAAUUUAAGUAAACUAAGUUUUCUCGUUGUUGUGUUUGUGGUUUUAGUGGCCCCCACACACGAUGGGUGUAAACCUGUUUUGGACGGGGGUUGGUGAACCAGAGCGCGAGGCGCUGCGGCUGGUGCGUUUGGUGUG